ACACGCGCUCCAACAGAACAGACCAACAACACCCUCCCCCCGCUCUCUCUCCUCACUCCUCCCCCUCGCUUGUCCGCUCCGCUCCACCCCCAGCUCAGCAGCAGAGCAGACGCAGAAGCAGAGCCCCCUUCACACCAAAUUUUUUUCCUCUUCCGCCUUGCCCCGCCCCGCCCCAUAUAAUCCAGGCCGGCCGGCCGGCUGGGUCCUCGCGGCGGAUGGGCUCGGUCUCGCGGGGCUAGGGUUUGGUCGGUCGUCUCGUCGGCGUCGUCGAGGGCGCCGGCGCUGCUACCUCGCUCGCGCAGUUCGCGCUAGGGUUCCUCCUCGGGGACCAUGGUGCUGCAGCGCUUCUCGUGGCCGUACGGCGGCCGGAGAGCCUCCUUCUGCGGCAGCUUCACCGGGUGGAGGGAGUGUCCCAUGGGGCUGGUCGGGGCCGAGUUCCAGGUCGUCUUCGAUCUGCCUCCCGGGGUUUACCAGUACCGGUUUUUGGUUGAUGGUGUCUGGAGGUGUGAUGAGGCGAAACCCUUUGUACGUGAUGAAUAUGGAUUGAUCAGCAAUGAAGUGCUUGUGGAAAACAAUGUACAACCUGUUGUGCAGCCAGAGCCUUCUAUCAGAGGAACCAAUGUGGAUGAGGGUAUCAUUUUGACAACAAUGCCCCCGGAGCCAUCAUCUCAGAACCCAGGCGUGCAAAUAGCAGUUUUCCGCCAUGUGGUCUCUGAAAUAUUAUUACACAAUACCAUAUAUGACGUUGUUCCUAUUUCUAGCAAGUUAGCAGUUUUGGACACUCAGCUUCCUGUUAAACAAGCAUUUAAAAUAAUGCAUGAUGAGGGUCUUGCUCUGGUUCCUCUUUGGGAUGACCAUCAGGGAACUAUAACAGGCAUGCUCACUGCAUCAGAUUUUGUAUUAAUGUUGAGAAAGUUGCAGAGAAACAUUCGAGUUAUUGGCAAUGAAGAGCUUGAAAUGCAUCCCAUUUCUGCUUGGAAAGAAGCAAAGCUACAGUUUUAUGGUGGGCCUGAUGGUGCUGCCAUGCAGAGAAGGCCAUUAAUCCAUGUUAAGGAUUCAGAUAAUUUAGUGGAUGUGGCAUUGACUAUAAUCAGAAAUGAAAUAUCUUCAGUUCCUAUCUUUAAGUGCGUGCCAGAUUCAACAGGGAUGCCUUUCCUUAGUCUUGCAACCCUCCAGGGGAUUUUGAAAUUUCUUUGCUCGAAGCUACAAGAACAGGCUGAGGGCUGUUCCCUUCUGCACAAUCAGCUUCUCAGUAUUCCUAUUGGCACAUGGUCUCCACAUACGGGAAGGUCAAGUAGCAGGCAACUCAGAACUUUGCUACUGAGUUCUCCUCUAAAUACCUGCCUGGAUUUUCUGCUUCAAGAUAGAGUAAGCUCAAUUCCUAUAGUUGAUGACAAUGGAUCCCUCCGUGACGUCUACUCACUCAGUGAUAUCAUGGCUCUGGCGAAGAAUGAUGUUUAUGCUCGCAUCGAACUUGAACAAGUGACUGUGCAAAAUGCUUUGGAUGUGCAAUACCAGGUGCAUGGCCGAAGACAGUGUCAUACUUGUUUACAGACGAGUACCUUGCUGGAAGUCUUGGAGGGAUUGUCUGUUCCAGGAGUGCGACGGCUUGUUGUUAUUGAACAAAGUACCAGAUUUGUGGAAGGAAUCAUCUCAUUGAGAGACAUUUUUACAUUUCUCCUUGGAUAGCAUCUGUGUAGCCAUUCCAUACAUGAAAAAGCUUGUUGUACUUGGUUAAAACGAAAUAAAAAAGUUACAAAUGUGAUAGUCAUCUUCUUUCUCCA